AUGUCUCUCACUACCGCGGCAACUUCGUCAGAUGACACUUGGGCAGUAACAAUAGCAGUAGCGCCAGCAAUACCACCGAAACCGCCAAGAGCACUCGUCAAAAUAGGCUUUUACGAAAUCGAAUCAACUAUUGGAAAAGGCAGUUACGCUCUCGUCAAACUCGCUCGUCAUCGCAUCACCAAAACAGAGGUAGCCAUUAAAAUUGUUGAUAAAGGUCGGUUAAACGACGCGAAUUUAGAUAAAGUUUAUCGAGAAAUUGAAGUAUUGAAGAAGCUCAAUCAUCCUUAUAUUAUCAGACUUUAUCAGGUUAUAGAAACAAAGAAUAUGUUGUAUCUUGUUACCGAAUAUGCUCCAAACGGUGAGAUAUUUGAUUUUAUAGCGAAGCAAAAUCGUUUAUCUGAGGAGAAUGCACGGCAAAAAUUUGCACAAAUUAUAUCUGCCAUUGAUUAUUUACAUAAUUUAAAAAUUGUACAUCGAGACCUCAAAGCUGAAAAUUUAUUACUUGAUGCAGCGCUUAAUAUUAAAAUAGCUGAUUUUGGAUUUAGCAACUUUUAUAGCGAUGAUUACACACUAGAUACAUUUUGUGGAUCACCUCCUUAUGCAGCUCCUGAAGUUUUCGAAGGAAAACGAUACAUAGGGCCUGAAAUUGAUGUUUGGAGCCUCGGUGUUAUCCUUUAUGUUCUCAUUUGCGGAGUACUGCCAUUUGAAGGCUCCAGCCUACAGUUAUUACGUGAUCGUGUUCUUAGUGGCUAUUUUCGGAUUCCUUAUUUCAUGAGUACAGAAUGCGAAAAUCUGAUACGCAAAAUGCUGACACUGGACCCGAAGAAGCGAGCUACCAUUGAGCAAAUUAAAAAACAUCAAUGGAUGCAAAGUAUUCAUAAUAAAUGUAAAGAAGCACAAUUUCUUGCUCCUUCAUACGAUCCAGUUGAACCCCAACAUCAAAUUUUGAAUCUUAUGCAGAGUCUUGGAAUUGAUUCUAACCUUACUUUAAAGUCACUGAAAAAUGAAUCUUAUGACAAUUUUAUGGCAAUAUAUAUGCUUCUGUAUGAUCGGUGGAGAGCUUCAUUAGCCAGUGUUGAUACACCCAAAAUAACACGUUAUCAAAACGAGGUUUCACAAAAUCGACCAUCGUUAGUGUCUUUGCGGAACCAAGCAACAUUCAAACCAAGUGAUUGUUUAACUACCAGCGCUGCUUAUAAAGAAUUCAAGCAAUUUUCACGCAAGCUAAGCAGUCAGUCAACUAUCGAUACAUUUAGUUCCAUUGAUGAAGAAGUGUCCAAUGAAUCGUCGAGUUCUGAUUUAUUUACAUCGCCAUUUGAAUCUUUCGAAGCAGAUGCUUUAUCAAGCUUCUCUAUACGGUCACCCAACAGUGAUGAUAGCAAUAGCUCCGGACCGUGUGGUCUAAAAAAUUCUUUAAUAAUCAGUAUUAAACAUUCAUCAAUUAGUAAGAACAAUCCUUGUCUAAAACAACAGGAGGCCAUAGUUAGAGGUGGUUGGCAAGCUAGUGAUAUUUCCUCGUUUUCAUUCGUACAUGGACCAUUUCCCGUUGGGCAUCUCACCAAAAAAACUGAAGCUAUGCAAGAAAUUUUGAGACUAUCGACAUCACUUGCUGUCACGCAACUUCAGAACUUACUAAUAAUACCUUGUAAAAUGGAAUUGGAAAGGCAACAACAUAUUAUGUCAACGUUGUCGAAACGGACUUCUUUGCCUAGAAACCUGGAAUUUCAACCCCAAAACUUGCUUAAUAGCAAACAAAGUUUACAUAUUCAAAAGCGUCCAAGUGCUAUACUUGGUACUUCUAGUGUCAAUUAUACGAAAAAUAUGUUCAAAAUACGUUUUACGCAGAAGCAAAUGAAAAACCGCCUGCAGUUAUCUCGAAAGCAGUUUAACAGAUCUCGCAAAAAUACUGUUUUACCACCAAUACGAAUUGAGGAACCUGUUAGAGUACUACUUUCAUCAUAG